AUGUACCGACUAUCAGUCACCCGCGCAUUACGAGCUCCAGUCUCCACCAGAGCAUUCUCAGUAUCCACCGCUCGAUGCAAUAAAGGUCCACCCACCACCCAAGGACACUCAACUGAGAAAUCACAACAGAUCGGUCACUCGGACGGAGACGUAGGAUCAGCUUCAGUAAGAGCAGGUCAGAACGCAAAAUCCAACUCGGAGAAGGGGAAAGCACCUGGUAAAGACCAACCUUUCGAUGCAGCAAGGCAAGGAUCUACAGGCGGAACAGCCAAACCAUCAGAAGCUAAAGGAGAUGCAAAGGAUAAAGGUCAAGCAGGUGCUCUGAAAGAUCAAGUUGGUGGUCAAGAUGAAGCUGCUCCAGGUGUGGAAUUUGGUAAAACCGAAACUGCAGCAGGUGGUUCUUAUACAGAUAGUGUCAAAGAAACUGUGAACGCUGGUUUUAACAGUUUAAAGAAAUUGAGGAGCGAAGGCAAAAACUUCCACACAUCAGCACGACAGUUCUACCCUGGUAAAGGGGAAUCACCAUCCGCCGAUGCUGACGGAUCCCGAAAACCCAAAGACACCAACCUCGAAGGUGAUCAGAACGAACACUUGAAGCAUUCCGCUCCCGGCACAGGCGAUUCAGGUAAAGGAAACGCAGCCGAAACACCUCAUUUACCUUCUCGAAAAGGUGAUAUCACCAGUGGUGGAAGUGGAGCGCCAACCGCCCCACAAUCCGGUAAAAGAGCUUUCUCAACUUUAUCCAGAAGAGAUGCUGCCCAACCUCCCAAAGGUUACGCCAAAGCACUUCCUCAUGACGAAACAAGCGGUUAUAACCAAGUUCAAAAUGCACCUCCUGAAGCUUUACCACCUCGACUCGACUCAACUUACUCCAAAGAAGCUACUCAAGAUCCUGAACCAGGUCAACAACCCUCUUCCAAAGUAGAUUUCUCCAGUACAGCCGUAGAUCCCCCCAAUGAAGCUUUGAGGCAAGCUGCCAAAGAUGGAACUUUGGCUGAUAGGAAUGAACAGCCCCACGCCGAGUUUGGUGAAUUGGGAAACAAAGAAGCUUGGAAGCACAGAAAGUAG